AUGUGUAUACAGGUGAAUUUGGCUCUGAAACAGAAGUCAGACAUUGAGCACUACAGGAAUAAGCUUAGACUGAAGGCCAAAAGGAAGGGAUAUUAUGACUUCCCUUCUGCUGAGCGGAAAGGUAGCACUAAAGACCUAAGUCAGCGACACAAGUACAGCCACGACAGGCCUCCACACCCACAGAACAGAGCUCAGGAACUGGAGGACGACAGGGGAUCCACGUAUGUAAAAUAUCACAGGAGAUUUAUUGAUCUGCACAAAUUAUACCUGAUGAUGAAGGUCAUUGUGUCAUUUGUUAAUCUAUUAACCUGCUAUGGUCCCAAAAGUGUUUGGACUGAGCCAGAGAUUAUUGAAGAGACUGACAUUGACCGACUGGCGGGCCGCCAUUAUUUUGGCUGUGGUCGACAAAUCAAAGGUCAAUCUGAGACAUCAACGCUGAGUUCCCAGCCUUCCAUAGAUGAGGUUCGUCAGCAGAUGCAUCUGCUGCUAGAAGAAGCAUUUAGUCUAGCUUCAGCUGGCCACUCUACUUCCAGCAGACACCAUCACUCUCACCAUCAGCAUCCACCACUGGGACCCUAUGGCUUGGGUCCAGUCAUUCCGUACUCAGAGGUGGUGACCAGUGCACCAGGCACCACGAGUCAAGAGCAGGGAGGCCUACAGUGGGUGUCAGCCUAUAGACCAGACCCUUACCAGUGCAGCCUUGCCAAACAAGCAUUCAGGUUCACUCAGCUUCCUGAAAUGGCUCUUGGGUCUCCUCCACCCCCUGUCCCACCAAGAACAGGCCCUCCUCCUGAGUCAUCACUGCGACGGUCAUCUUCUGAUCUUGGUCGGAAAGGUCAUUGUUCUGAGUCGUCAGUGCUGAGUCAGCAUGACAGCACCCCACACAGGCCAAACAGCAGAGCGCCCCUCCCACCUGUCACUACUGAGCCCAUUCCCAACCACUCAGGAAAUCCCAUGACAGCAGUGUACGCCAUCCCAGCCAGUCGUCCAGGAUACACGGGAUAUUUCAUCUCUACACCACCCUCCUCCUACCACAGCCCAUCCUGGAUGUCUUACCCCCCUGAACCCGAGGAUGUGCCUCCUCAGUGGACUGAAUCUAUGCCCCUACCAGGCUACGCAGAGGCCUUUCCUCACCCUCAUUAUCCUCAGGGCAGCCCUCUCCUGUGGCACCACCGGCAGGCCAUUCAGGGUGGUCCAGAUAAUCCUCCCUCUUCCUCCACUGCAGUGUCCCAGCAGAGUCUAGCAGAGCCCAGAGAUCCAGUCAGCCCAGACACCCCCCUCAGCAGCCUUUCCACUUCAGCCCUAGUCAAAGCCAUCCGUGAUGAGGUGGCCAAACUGGCCAAGAAGCAUGCAGACAUGUUUGAGUUCCAGGUGUAGAAAUUUCUGGUGGAUUCAUGGACUAGCUGCACUGAGACUGAACAGUCUGAUACAUUAACGACUUCUGAUUUCACCAGAUUAAAUCAUAUUUCUCUGGAUGCUUU